UUAACCAGACGAUUGGGGAAAUGGACACUUGGCGCUUUGUUACACGUUAUCUAUUUCGUCGAAUGCGUAUAGUCACUGUAAAUACUCGAUUUUUCUCACCGUUGAUGUUAUCUGUAAUGUUUGCGUCUCGUCAUCCCUAGCAACCGAGAGCCGACUAACAGAAACUACUGCUAAUUAAUCUACUCGUGACUCUUAUGAUUGGACCAAUAAGCUUGACAAGCCGGAGGUGAGCGAUAACGUCAAGGUGGUGGUGCGAUGUCGUCCGCUCAACCAGAAAGAGACGGCGAUGUGCCACAAGCAGGCCGUCGCUGUGGACGAGAUCCGCGGCACCAUCACAGUCAACAAGCUGGAGACCCAGCAGGAGCCUCCCAAAACAUUCACCUUUGACACGGUGUUUGGACCAGAAAGCAAACAGUUGGAUGUCUACAACCUCACUGCCCGGCCCAUCGUUGACUCGGUGCUGGCAGGGUACAAUGGUACCAUUUUUGCCUAUGGGCAAACUGGAACCGGGAAGACCUUCACCAUGGAAGGUGUGCGAGCAGUGCCAGAGCUCCGAGGGAUAAUCCCCAAUUCCUUUGCCCAUAUAUUCGGUCACAUUGCCAAGGCAGAGGGGGACACUAGAUUUCUGGUUCAUGUAUCAUACCUAGAGAUUUAUAAUGAAGAAGUGCGUGAUUUGUUGGCCAAGGACCAGACACAGAGACUCGAGGUUAAAGAAAGACCAGAUGUUGGCGUGUAUAUCAAAGAUCUUUCUGGGUAUGUGGCGAACAAUGCUGACGACAUGGACAGGAUCAUGACACUGGGCAACAAAAACCGUUCAGUUGGUGCAACAAAUAUGAAUGAGCACAGUUCCAGAUCACAUGCCAUCUUCACCAUCACCAUCGAGUGCAGCGAGAAGGGUGUGGAUGGAAACCAGCACGUGCGCAUGGGAAAACUUCAUCUAGUUGAUCUCGCAGGCUCAGAGAGACAGGGUAAAACAGGGGCCACAGGCCAGCGCCUCAAGGAAGCAACAAAGAUCAACCUGUCGCUCUCCACUUUGGGUAACGUAAUCUCUGCCCUGGUGGAUGGCAAGAGCACCCAUGUGCCCUACAGGAACUCCAAACUUACCCGCCUGCUGCAAGAUUCACUCGGAGGGAACUCGAAGACUUUGAUGUGUGCAAACAUAGGUCCCGCAGACUAUAACUAUGAUGAGACUAUCAGUACCCUGCGCUAUGCUAACAGAGCCAAAAACAUCAAGAACAAAGCCAGAAUCAAUGAGGAUCCCAAGGAAGCUCUACUCCGCAAAUUUCAGAAGGAAAUUGAGGAUCUAAAGAAGAAACUUGAGGAAGGUGAAGAGAUUUCUGGCUCGGACGGCAGCGGAUCAGAAGAGCUGGAUGAAGGGGAUGAAGAAGGAGGGGACUCUGGACAAGGACGCAGGAGACGAAGAGGGAAGAAGAAGGUUUCACCAGAAAAGAUGGUGGAAAUGCAGGCCAAGAUUGAAGAGGAGAGAAAAGCUCUGGAGGCGAAGCUGGACAUGGAGGAAGAGGAGAGAAACAAGGCAAAGGCGGAAUUGGAGAAGCGGGAAAAGGAUCUUCUUAAAGCUCAGCAGGAGCAUCAUCUUCUGCGUGAGAAAUUGUCAGCUUUGGAGAAGAAGGUCAUCGUGGGAGGUGUCGACCUGUUGGCAAAGGCUGAGGAGCAGGAGAAGCUUCUAGAGGAGUCCAACAGUGAGUUGGAAGAACGCCGGCGGAGGGCGGAGCGCCUUCGCAAGGAACUGGAGGAAAAGGAGCAAGAGCGCUUGGACAUUGAGGAGAAGUACACAAGCCUUCAGGAGGAGGCCCAAGGGAAGACCAAGAAACUGAAAAAAGUGUGGACCAUGCUGAUGGCUGCCAAAUCAGAAUUGGCAGACCUGCAACAGGAGCACCACCGAGAGAUUGAGGGCCUCCUGGAGAACAUUCGCCAGCUGAGCCGGGAGCUGCGACUCCAAAUGCUCAUCAUAGACAACUUUAUUCCUCAAGAAUACCAGGAGAUGAUUGAGAACUAUGUGCACUGGAAUGAAGACAUUGGAGAAUGGCAGCUGAAAUGUGUCGCCUUCACUGGCAACAAUAUGCGAAAGCAGACACCUGCUCCAGGCAAAAAAGAAAAAGAUCCUUUUGAGGUGGACCUGUCAUAUGUGUAUUUGGCUUACACAGAGGAGAGCAUGCAACAGUCACUGAUGAAGCUAGAGAGGCCCAAAACAUCGAAAAGCAGCAAGAGCGGCCGGCCCAAGACUGGUCGCAGGAAAAGGGCUGCAAAAGCAGAGGCGGCCAUCGAGUCCCCUCUGCAGUGAAGACAUGGCAGUGUCAAGUGAAGAAGUCUCUCGUCGAAUUAACUGAUGAGCCUUAGUCAAAAGAUGAUCUGAGUACACUGUAUAGCUGACAGGUUUAAAUGUGACCCUGCUAUAAGAUGUGCAGCGUAUUAUAGUCCAUAGGAUCCCCAGCUUCACAUAUACGGUCGCUUUGAAAUGCAUUUCAACACAACAGCUGUGGUGCCCUGGGAAGUCAUGGCAUGGCAACAUUUGUUUGUUUUUUCUGCAGCAGAGUGAUUGUACAGUAAUACUCAUCACAGGUCAUUGGACUCACUGUUAUUCUUGGUCUUGAACAUUUCAAGUGGUGCUUUAUUCUAUACAAAGAAGCAACAUCAGUCAAAUUAAAAGGAAGUUUUGAAUUCAUACAAUUACUAUAUAGUAUGAAAUAAAAAUGACAGUUGAGAGGAUGUACUGUUAACUCCAAAAUGAUUUAUACUCCAGCCAAAUUUUGAGGUCAAUUUAAAUUUUAUUUGGUGAGCGGUUCUCUGUUUGCUAGAAAUGACACACAAAAAAGGGAAAAAGACUGUUAAGCGUGGAUUUAAAAGACUGAUUUUUUCAUACUUUGUCUGAAUAUAAGGUUGUACUAAAUGCCCUCAAUAAUGCCAUUUUCUUUUUCUCAAAAUUCUCAAGUCAAAGUUAAAUUUAUUUCUAUUUUUUUUUUAUAAUGGACAUCACAAAAACAUUGGACUAACCAGAUGAAAGUGCUUGACAUGUUUUAGCACAAAUGCUAAUUCUCACCACAGGACCCUGUUACAAGGGACAUAAGAUACGGACAAGUUAACUAGUUGAUAUUUAAAAUCAGUGUCCUAGCAAGUACAUUUUCCUUCGGCUCUGUGCAAAUUGUUUUUUUUUUUUUUUUUUUUUUUUUUUUUUUUUUUGAAGGUCUCCAAAUAUGUUUAAAUCAAUCCCCAGGCUUGUCUCACUGUAAAGCGAAUACCAGAUUAUCGCUGUUUUGAGGAAAAACUGGACUGUCCAAAAGAAGUCUUGAACAUUGGGAGAAUAGUUCUGACAUUUGGUGAUCAGGGUGAGAACAGUGAUGGCAAACAUUUUUGCAGACAUUUAAAAACAAGUUUUCCAAAGGGGAAAGAAUCCGAAUACCACAAUUUUUUAAAUUGCAGUUGUUUAUUAACAUUUAACAAUCUUUUCUCACUUAUAUCAUUUCCAACUAAGGGAUACCAAUUCAACAAAUGCAAAUGUAUAUUUUGCGCCCCCCCCCAAAAAAAAAGCUGGUUUAACCGUAUAUCCUUUUCAUAUCAUUUAAGUCAGAAAUUACAAGUUUGUCCUCCAAUGACUCUGUCCCUGAAAAAGAUCAGUCCAUAGAACUUCCUUAAGCCCAAUAUUUCCAGUAAAAGAUGUGAAAAUACAUUCUUGCACGCGCAUGAUGAAGACAAGGCAACUGUUUUAUUGAUUGAAAAUUCAAUGCAGUAAUUUGCAAUGAUAAAAGAUCCUCCAGUCAAAUUCAAUUAUUGAAGAUUAUGGGAAAUGCCUCUCCUCUGAAGAGAGAUAUAGUUCGAAGUAUUUCGGUGAAAGUGCGCUUUCUACUAUGUGACGUGGGUCAGAAACUUUGGGAGUCUGCAUGUCAGCCAGCUCUCACGUUAGUGCCACUUUGUUUUAUUUUGAAAAGUUAAUAGCUGUAUUAUUGAGAUGCACCACAUUUACUGCAUGCCUUAGUAUAAUGCACUUGUAUGAGGCUCUGUGAAGGUCAUAUUAAUUUCACGUGCAUGUUUAAUCGUGGAGGCAAACUGGCUUUUGUUUUAUAUCAUGAUGUAUGUCGAAUGUUUACAUUCACCCUGGAUGUUUUAUUUAUUAAAUUAUUUUACACACGUUUACCUCA